AAGAAGUGGGCUGGAUAUCUAUCGGUCCUUCUUGGCGACAGCGUUUCCAAAGGAACGGAAAUAUCUGCAGUGUCGGGAUUGAUACGUUGACUGGUUGCAGUCGUGUUAUUGAUUAUGACGUGGGAAUGAUAUCAUCGUAUAUGAGUGAUAGAGGUGGUCUGUGACCCUGUAGUAACUGGCUGCUGAGACAGAGAGAAGAUGCGGGAGUACAAGCUUGUAGUGUUAGGUAGUGGAGGUGUGGGCAAGAGUGCCAUGACUGUACAAUUCGUACAAGGCAUCUUCGUGGAGAAAUAUGAUCCGACAAUUGAAGACAGUUACAGAAAGCAAGUGGAGAUCGAUGGUCAACAAUGUAUGCUCGAAAUCCUGGACACAGCAGGAACGGAACAAUUCACUGCCAUGCGAGAUCUGUAUAUGAAGAACGGCCAAGGUUUCCUGCUGGUUUACUCUAUCACGGCACAGUCGACGUUUAACGAUCUUCAAGAUCUCCGUGAGCAGAUCUUACGUGUUAAAGACACGGAAGACGUAAGUACUGGACAAGCACAGGUUCCCAUGAUCCUCGUGGGCAACAAGUGUGACUUGGAAGACGAGCGCGUCGUCGGCAAGGAUCAGGGACAUAAUCUAGCGCGCCAGUUCAACUGUUCGUUCAUGGAAACAUCUGCUAAGUCAAAAAUAAAUGUCAAUGAAAUCUUCUACGACUUAGUGCGACAGAUUAACAAGAAAAAUCCGGAGACAAAGAGCAAGAAAAAGAAGAAAUCGGGAUGUGCAAUUUUGUAAGAUGUUGAUGAGAAAGUCGAUGAAACAGAGGUGACCUCUUACUGUUCACAUCUUCCAAACACCGGACCACACAAAGACCAAAUGCAUCUCGCAAACGUGAGCGUGCUGCUCAUUCUUGAGUGAGGAAUACUGGUGAUCUUCUAACUUCUGUGGACUUUCUGUCUCCUGAAUGAACUUCGGCAAAAUUGGGUUGGUGAGAUUAUCCAUAGACUUGGUGUUCUUCACACAAAAUGACGGGAUUACAUGAGAAUAUCACAAAAAUUAUAUUUUGUAUGUUUGUUUUUGGACCGGCAUCCGUGGGUCUGUGUGCUGCAAAAUGAAAAAAAGGGAGGGGAGAAAAUCAUCUGACCUAAUCUCACGUUUUAUACCUGAAUAACUGGUUCAUUGUUAAAUAUCAACCCUGGUACAGUGUGUAAACUCUAGUAAGAUAGGGACGUUGGUGCCGGAGUGAUGUCUCCUAUGUGACAGACACUUGAUUCAUCGAGGGAGGUGGGCCUACAUUGCUGGGAAAAUCUCACUUGCUUGCAAUGUGAGGAGUAUUUGAGCACUGGAACAGACCAUUCAGAAUGAGAAUGACUUAUGUUGGGUUUAAUCUUAUGGCCACAACUGUCUUCUCCUUUUGAACUGUUGUUGAAUCGAACUGGGACCUAUGGAUAGUAACUAUGGAACUACAUGUAACUGGUUUUCAAACCUUGUCUGGGUGUUUCGAUUAUAAGAGUCGCUAACAUUGCAAUUGAAACUAGUGUUUUCGCUGGGACAAAAUGAAGUCUGCAGUGCACCCUUGUAAUCACCGACAACCUUGUCCCCGCCCAAUCCUGCAAAGUGUACUUGGUGUAUGUAUAUAUGUAUUAAUCAUCACCCUAAUGUGAGCCUAAUCAGUAUAUUUUAAUAGUGAUUUCAUGUUGUGAAUCCAUUGGUAGCAGAUGAUCAGAUGAAAUAUGGUGAUGGUAACCAUUUUAGUUGAUGUCUUAUGUUCUAUUUCUCUGUCUCGACUAGAUUAUCUUCAAGGGAUGCUGAUGACCGCUGUGAAGAAUUCUGGUUAAACAUGUCCCGACCUGGUGCUGAUAACUAUAAAUAUCUUGAUAAGUUUAUGUGUGUUUCUUGUUGGGUCUCCAUCUUAAGGGUGAUGCCUGGUCUGUGAGGGAUGAUGAAGCUGUUCUCACCUUGAUGGAGAAGAAUGUCAAGACCAACCCUUGAAAGCUUUACCAACCAUUGUAUGAUCUUAAGUAUUUUGUUAUCUCUUCACUUCUUGGUUGUUUUUUAUCACUGUACUUGAGAGGGCCGAGUGAAAUAAAUAAAUGAUCUUAGUUUGUUAAUAAUGAGUCUGGUCGUCUGCCAACAAUGGAUAGUAGUCAAUUUGUAGUGUUUUGAAAUCCUUUCUAAGGUCAGAGGUGAUAUUGGCCUUCUCUGUGUUAUGUUGGUACUCUGGUGGCUGCCUGUACUGACAGUCACUGCCCCGUGACUGGCAGGUACCAACAGAGAUCUGGUGAUGUCUUCAGAUGGACAGAGGGGUGAAAGUCCAUUGCAAGUCUGAUUGGAGCACUGAAUCAGUCGUUCAUGAAGAUUUAGAAAUAGAAAUGAUGUGUUUGUUGAUUCUGGGCAAGAUGGUACAACCAGAGACUCAUCUGUCAUCACACAUAGAUACAUCAAUGUGACCUCUGUAGGAAUGACCUUUAGUAAUUGUACAGCAUUUAAUACUACUAUAUAACCGUCUAUUUAAGUUAUAUCGUCACUGUCCAUCAUAUAAUAUACAUUUGAAUAACAUCAUUUUAUUUUUUCUGUUCAUUUUGUACAUAGUGGUGUAGUAUAGCAAAUAGUUGCUUUAAAAAAUGAUAAGAAAAAAACAAGUGUACAUACAUGUAACCUUAAGCCUGACCUUGGCACCGAGCUCUGUGUAUUCAGUGAAGCAGGAUCAUCUCCCAUGCGUUUUAUUCUACUACCGUACUGGCCAACCGUAGUAGUGGCAGCGGUCAUUGCAGGGCUCAACUGAGCUCAACCUCAAGGCAACCAGACUUGGGUUCGAACCCACAACCCUUGGAUUGAGUCAGCCACCUUUAUCACUAUGCCACCUUCAGUCGGUUUUGGACCAAUAACAAUAAUUGGCAAUGAAUGAAUAAAGCUGCCAACAUUUUGGUAAAUGACAUGUAUUGAGUACUGUCAGUUUUUAAACAGCAUAUUUUUGUAGAUGGACAUUUAAGCUAUGGCGUUCAUUAAUUCUUGGCCUAAUAACUUGCUAUAAAGCAUUUGUUUAAACAACCUUCAUCAUCUUUUUUCAAUUCGAUUUCUUGUCACUCGGCAGAUCUUGGAUGCUAUUGUAUACUAGUUUCCAUUGCAUAUUUACUAUCAAACAUGCACCCUGAAUAAAUCCCAUGGCAGCCGAGGUGGAAAUCUUAUGCUGUACACAAAGUUUCUGCACUUUAAUCCUGAUAUUGUAGCUUAUCUCAUGGAUAAAUCUUCUUUUCUUGACAUUUUGCUCUUUAUGUUGUGAUGGAAGAGCUUUUAGGCUGUGCUUAGUUUCAAAACUUGAUGGUGUACAGGGCAGUGCUGCCAUCUAUCCAACGUCAACAUUGGCUUGUUUCUACGCAAAUUCUGCUAGAAUAUGAACAGAUUCUGUUCAAAGAUUGGCCAACAUAUCUUCUCAUUUCUAGUGUCUCUCUAGGGCUGUCAGUAUGUUGAGACACCAAUAGUGGGCCACUUUUGGUCCUCGAUAUCUAAUAUCUGCUGGAGGUGACAGCCACACUAUUGCUUGAGGAUACAUCCUGUUAUGUUUAGUGACAAGGCUUCUCUCAAGAAUGCUUCAAUGAAAGUGCAUCCUCACAUACCAAGGUUCAUUUGCCAGUCUCUCACUUUGGCAAUUUGGAGGCAGGAACGCAAGAAAGUGAGGUUGCAAAGUACUAUUUUUUCCCCUUAACGUGCUAUGUGUUUUAUAUCAGACUGAAACUCAUCUCUGAAACAUUGGUGCAAGUCAUGAAGUGGUGCAUAUUAAGGCCUGAGCUACGACAAUAGCGAUCUGUUUCUGUAUUCAACCAUUGAUAUUGCCGUGUUUUCUUUACUGAAGUAGAAGCAUCCAGUGUGAUCCUGUCGGCAUUAGUUCAGACUUUAGGUCUUUAAUUAUCCAACACCACCUAUAGGUGACAGAUAGGACUAAUUUCUAAUUCAAGUUUGUGACUGAGAAUUGUUGUUGUUGAGAUAUUUUUCCACCCGAUGUAUGAGUGUUGUCAAGGAAGCCUACACCUUCCAAGUCUUAUAAUCAGUCAACCUAUUCAGACUACAUUGCAUAACUCAGUUUGUCGUAAAUUUGGGUUGGAAAAGGAACUGGAGGAAGACCACUGCCAGUAGUUCUCCUCUUGAAGGAAUACCAGUCUGACUGAGUGUUACUUCAUGGCGGCAUCACUGGGAAUUCAUUGUUGUCACAAAACAUUUGAUCAUGCCCAUUAUGCGUUAGGUGUUUGAGGUCACUCAGGCUGCAUGUAAUCGCCAAUCCAGUCCCCGCUGUAUUAAUGUUUCUCAAUGAAAAUUGGGCCAAUUCAACCUGUUUUUGGAGCAGCGAAACAUGUAAAAGCAGAAUUAUAAUUUCUUGAACAAAUAAAGUUUAACAAAAUUAAA